CAAAAAAUUUCCAGCUUCCAAACCACUAGUAUUACCAGCAAGGGAAGAACACAACAUGGGCAGAAAAAGCAAAUCCGCAGGCAAAGCCUCGGCCCAGGCACCUUCGAAGGCACCUGAAAGCGCCAAGCCCAGCAGCAAGCGUGCCCACGACUCGGAGAGUGAGAACGAGGCCUCGGACGCCGAGAAUUUGGUCGAUGAGCUCGAUGAUGAGUUCGAUGAGGUGGCUCAGCUCUUGGGCGAAAACAUCGAAGACCCUGAAAAAAAGCAGAGCGACAAACAACGUAAGAAAGAGGAGACCCGGUUGGCCAAGCAGCAACAGCAGGAUGCCGCAAUCAAGCCCACUCGCUCCGAAGUCGCUGCAGAUGAAGAGGACUCGGACAACUACAACUUCGACGACGCCGGUUUUUCGCAGCCAACGCUCCAGGCCAUCCACGACAUGGGCUUCAGCAAAAUGACCAAAGUGCAGGCCAAGACGAUUCCGCCAUUGUUGGCUGGAAGAGACGUGUUGGGUGCAGCCAAAACCGGGUCUGGUAAGACGUUGGCGUUUUUACUCCCGGCCAUCGAGCUCUUGUACUCACUCAAAUUCAAGCCUAGAAAUGGCACGGGUGUCAUUGUCAUUUCUCCCACGAGAGAAUUGGCGCUUCAGAUUUUCGGUGUUGCCCGUGAGUUGAUGCAGCACCACUCGCAGACGUUUGGCAUUGUCAUUGGCGGUGCCAACAGAAGACAAGAGGCCGAGAAGUUGGCCAAGGGUGUCAACUUGUUGAUUGCAACCCCUGGUAGGUUGUUGGACCACUUGCAAAACACACAGGGCUUUGUGUACAAGAACUUGAAGGCUUUGAUCAUCGACGAGGCCGACCGUAUUUUGGAAAUUGGUUUCGAGGAGGAAAUGAAGCAAAUCAUCAAGAUCUUGCCCAACGAGGACAGACAGUCGAUGUUGUUCUCGGCCACCCAAACCACCAAAGUGGAGGACUUGGCCCGUAUGUCCUUGAGACCAGGGCCUUUGUACAUCAAUGUUGUUCCCGAGGCCGCUGCCUCGACGGCGGAUGGUUUGGAGCAGGGCUAUGUCGUGUGCGAGAGUGACCAGAGAUUCUUGCUUCUUUUCUCCUUCUUGAAGAGGAACGCCAAGAAGAAGAUCAUUGUUUUCCUCUCUUCGUGUAACUGUGUGAAGUACUUUGGAGAGUUGUUGAACUACAUCGACUUGCCUGUGUUGGACUUGCACGGCAAGCAGAAGCAAGCAAAGAGAACAAGCACCUUCUUCGAGUUCUGUAACGCGAAGCAAGGAAUCUUGAUCUGUACAGAUGUGGCUGCCAGAGGUCUCGAUAUUCCAGCUGUGGACUGGAUUAUCCAAUUCGACCCCCCUGAUGAUCCAAGAGACUACAUCCACAGAGUCGGUAGAACUGCCAGAGGAACGUCUGGAAAGGGUAAGUCUUUGAUGUUUUUGACUCCAUCUGAACUUGGUUUCUUGCGUUAUUUGAAGGCCGCCAAUGUGCCUCUCAAUGAGUACGAGUUCCCCACGAACAAGAUCGCCAAUGUCCAGAGCCAAUUGACGAAGUUGAUCAAAUCUAACUUCUGGUUGCAUCAAAGUGCAAAGGAUGGAUACCGUUCUUACCUACAGGCAUACGCUUCGCAUCACUUGAAGACCGUCUACCAGAUUGACAAGUUAGAUCUCGUCAAGGUGGCCAAGUCGUUUGGUUUUGAUGUCCCUCCAAAGGUCAACAUUACCAUUGGUGCUAGUGGCAAAUCCAUUGAGAAGAAGCACAAGAAGCAAAGAAGAGCCUAGAAUAUGGGUUUAGUAAGUAUAGAGGCGGUCAGAAUGUGUAUCAUAGCAUAGAAACGAAAAAGUUAUUAAGUUUUCAUAUGGAGGUUAGCUAAAAGUAAUAGGCUUCCCCCCUCAUCGCACUUUUGAUCAGAAUCCCCUCCGUUUUCGAUUUCUUUCUUCUAAUGUUCUCAUUGAUAUUGCCGCAGUGUUGUUUUGCAGUGCGGCCGGCAUCAUCAUAUCUAGGUCUUCGC